AUGACACCUCAGAUACUCAACGAUGUUCCUGAACAUCCACAACCGUCAGCUCGUAUAGAUUCCUCUGAGAAAAUCUUGCGUGUUGGGAUAAUCGGAUGCGGCGAGGUCGCUCAAGUUUCACACAUCCCAAUAUUCAACUUCCUGCGCCACAAAUACCGUAUCACCUAUCUUUGUGACAUCUCCGAGGAUGCGUUAACUCACUGCUCACAAAUGAUUAUACCAGGAGACUUGACAGGUACUUGUGUAGCCACCACAACAAAUGCCAAGGAUCUCUGUGCUUCAGAAAGUGUUGACGUUGUACUCAUAUGCAACGCCGACGAGUACCAUGUCGAGCACGGGAUACUAGCGCUUGAGCACGAUAAGUGGUGUUUAAUUGAGAAGCCGCUCGCUUUAUGCUUUGCUGAUCUUGAUGCUCUUAUUAAGGCCGAGAAUAACUCUAAGGGAAGGGUAUUUGUCGGAACCAUGCGAAGAUUUGCGCCUGCUUUUCUUGAAGCUGUUCAAGAAGUAGGCGGUAUGGAUAAGAUACUGUAUGCGAGGGUUAGAUCAAUUAUUGGGCCGAAUUCGAAUUUUAUCGAGCAAUCGGGGACAUUUCCUAAAUAUUUCACCGAUAUACCGAGUGCAUGCAUUGAGGAGAGGAAGGAGAAGGCCAGAGCAAUUAACCAUCAAGCUCUAGAAAAGGAGUUUGGCGUUGAGGCUACAGACGCAGCAAUCAGGCAGCUGAGAAUUCUCGGAAGCCUCAAUACCCACGAUCUCUCGGCAAUGCGUGAAAUCAUUGGCAUGCCAAAAACAGUCUUGGCUGCAUCUCUUGGGUUUCCAGGGAUAUACACAGCCUUGUUUGAAUAUGACAGAUUUGCUGUUACAUUUGAGUCAGGAAUCAACAGUGUGCCUAUCUUCGAUGCCAAUAUUGAGAUUUAUUCGGAAGACAAGAUAGUCAAAGUUCAAUUUGACACUCCAUAUAUAAAAGGUCUUCCAGUUACUAUGGCCAUUCGUGAAAAAGUCGGGGAUCGCACUGGAACAAGUUCAUUUGGAUACCAAGAAAGAAUAGUUCGCAGGACUUAUGAAGACCCGUAUACUCUGGAGUUUCUCGAAUUUUACGACUGCGUGGUGAAUGGGAAAGAAAUCAAAACCGGUACACAUGAUGCGAGGAAUGACUUGGAGCUGUAUCGAAUGAUUCUCAAAGCAGGCGAGCAUACAUAUAAGAAGAAUGAUGGCGCUGGACAGAUGGGUAAGCUAGGACUGUAG